GUAAAGUUUUCUGUGCGUGUGAUGGAGCGGCGUAGAAAACUAGCUGCUUUACAGCUACUUUUGAUAAUGAAGAGGAAGCAGGCGCUGUCCCGCAAGCACUGGGUUCGACCGGUCUGGACCAAGCGAGCGGACGAAAGCGAGUUCUUCACAGCGGUAAGAGACAAAGGACUUAAUGCGUCAACGCAGUACAACUUCAUGCGCUUUCAUUGCCUUUUUACAGAUGAAGCUCAUGAAGAACGGCGACGACUCGCUGUUCUUCAAUUUCUACAGGAUGUCGCCGGAGACAUUCGACGCGCUCCACGACAUGGUGCGGGACCGGCUGACGAAGGAAUGGGUCUGCCGAGAACCGAUUUCAUCUGGCGAGCGCCUCGCACUGACGCUGCGAUACCUGUCGUCCGGUAUGCUCGUGCGAGAUGCAGCAAUGGCCUUCAGAGUGGGGCUGGAGACUGCACGCAAGGCGAUCCACCUGACGUGCAAUGUGCUAUGGGAGGUGCUGUCCCCUGUGUACAUGAAGCCUCCAACAGAGGGAGAAUGGAGGGACAUCGCCUCAGGAUUUGGCAGUCGCUGGCAGUUCCCGAAUUGCCUGGGUGCUGUGGACGGCAAGCACGUGAGGAUUAGAUGUCCAAGAAAGGCUGGGAGCCUGUACUUCAACUAUAAGGGCACCCACUCCAUUGUCCUCAUGGCUGUGGCAGACAGCCAGUACCUGUUUCGCCUUAUUGAUGUGGGCGCACCUGGGAGGUUUAGUGAUGGUGGAAUUUUCAAAGAUUCCCCCAUUGGCAAACGACUGCACGAGGGCAAGCUCAAUCUGCCUCGGGCAGCUAAGCUACCAGGCUCCGAGAGAAUUUGCCCUCAUGUGUUUGUUGGCGAUGAAGCCUUCCAGCUGCGCCCCGACUUCAUGCGGCCACUACCAGGCGCCCGGACUAAAGCUGAGGAGAUCAUCUUCAACUACCGCCUCAGUCGUGCCAGACGAUGUAUAGAGAACGCCUUCGGGAUUCUCGUUUCCCGCUGGCGGAUAUACGAGAGGCAGAUGAACCUGCAGCCGGAAAAUGUGGAGAGUGUUGUGAAGGCAACCUGCGUACUUCACAACUUCUUAUCUCUAACGUCCAGCGCUUCAGCGACCUACUGCCCACCUGGAUAUGGAGACUGCCAGGACAUGUUCGGGUGUGUCCGUGACGACACUUGGCGACAAGAGGCGGCAACUGCUGCUGUGUUCGGUUUGCAGGGAGCAAAGGCCCGCAACUGCACGAAUGCUGCUAAUUCGGUGCGCAAGCAGUUCAUCGAGUACUUCAAGGAUGAAGGGCAGGUGUCUUGGCAGUGGAACCUGCCAGGGGUGACAAGCUUGUAGGAUGGUGUAGACCUGGCCGCCUCAAGGCCAAGGACACGUGCUGCUGGACUCCAUGAAGAACCCAACAGCCCUCUUCAGGGCUACCUACUUAAUGCUUUGGCAGCGAGCCGCUGGAUUUACGAUAUUCUGUUCUGUGGCCCUUCUGUGUAUUUCAUUUCGUAUUGCUUAUUUCUGGAAUGCAGUGAUAUCGGUUAGGUGAACGAGUGCAAUUCAGUGUAGUUGUGUUAAAAC